AUGUAUUCUUCCACAGACUCCGCCAUUCAAAAAUGCACCCAACCCUCUCAAACCUCACCACCAGCUUCGAACUCGACCCGGACACCCUCACCCAAGCGAACCCCACGGCAGAUCCGACAAUCCAAUGUAGCUACCGCACUAUCCUAUCUCCUGGGCCUGCUCUUCUUCACACUCAUAAUCCACGCCUGCGUCCGCUCAGUCAGUAACUCCAAGCCGAAGCAUCGCAAUGACAACGAUGGCCCCGUCCUCGGCGCCAUCUUGUCGUUCAUUCCCGUGGCUUUCCUUGUCGUAGGUAUUGUGACGAGUCUUGACGAGGUGGCGGCUGGGUUGGCUGGUCAAUCGAUCGUCAUUACGAUGAGUGCGGCUGUAGCCGGACUUGCGUGGGUUGUGUUUGGAGUUGGGACUGAAGCAACAUUUCCGAUUUAUCUGGCUUGGGUUAUGUGGCCCGUUGUAGGCGCAUUUAUGGUUGUGGUUUUAGGCGCGUCGGUGUGGGCUUAUGGCUUUGUGGAGGCUAUUGAGGAUGAGAACGAGGGAAAUGAUAGGAAGGGAAGGAACAGCGACUAG